AUGAAGUGCAAGCCGAACCAGACGCGGACCUACGACCCCGAGGGCUUCAAGAAGCGAGCCGCGUGCCUGUGCUUCCGCAGCGAGCGCGAGGACGAGGUGCUGCUGGUGAGCAGCAGCCGCUACCCCGACCGCUGGAUCGUGCCCGGCGGGGGCUUGGAGCCCGAGGAGGAGCCAGACGGCGCGGCGGUGCGCGAAGUGUACGAGGAAGCGGGAGUCAAGGGGAAGUUGGGCCGGCUGCUGGGAGUCUUCGAGCAGAACCAGGACCGCAAGCACCGGACCUACGUGCUCACCGUCACCGAGCUGCUGGAGGAUUGGGAAGACUCGGUCAGCAUUGGCAGGAAGCGAGAAUGGUUCAAGAUCGAAGAUGCCAUCAAGGUCCUCCAGUGCCACAAGCCCGUGCAUGCCGAGUACCUGGAGAAACUGAAGCUGGGCGGCUCCCCGACUAAUGGAAACUCGGCCGCCCCGUCCCAGCCAGAGAGCGAGCCCUAGUGAAUGGAAUAAAUGUUGUUCAGAUUUACUUUGAAAGAAUCAAGUAUGUGAACCCAGUGAUGAAUGGAAUUGUGAAGCACAGGUGAGCUCUUUGACAUCCCCAAGGACACAGCUCACCCUAUGCUUUCGGACACUUCUUUCCUGUUAUUAACACUGGCUAUUCUUCAGGUUGUUGCACUACCACUGUAUCUGUACAGAAUUCUAUUUGGCACCUGUGGCCUUUUUGUGCUUUUGUCUGUAUUUCCCCAUCAGAUAUGACCUUGAAUGCAAUGAACUUGCUUUCGUAGUCUUUUUAUAUCUAGCAUAGAGUACUUGAUUUAUGGUAGGCAUCACUGAAUAUUGUUUAAUAUUUUAUAAUGGUAGUAAAUGGUAAAACAUCCCUCUUCUAAUCUCUAGCAUCUAUGUGGCUUUUGUAUAUCAGGUGUCACAUAACUAUUUCAAGGCAGCUGUGAGAUAGUAGCAAAAAUUCUUAUGCAUAUGUCUGUGUUAUCCCAGACAUUAUGUACCUCCUACAUUUGCCAAAAUUUUGAACCUAAAUUUAUCUGUGCCUAUAGACCUAAUUUCUCCUCUAUGGAAAAUACAGGAGAUAGAGAAACAGUUUGCUGUAUAUCAAACAGAUGAGAUUCAUAGAAUCCUGACUUCAAGAAAGCACAGGACAAGAUGAUCCAGUUUUUCAAUAUGUAAGUCACAAGGAUGAAAGGAAAGGGUAGAGGUUGAACCUGUGAAUUGAAAAAGGCUUCAGAGAGUGAUCAAUACUUGCAUGUAUCUUAUUUGGAUCCUGAUUUGAUCAGACUAUAAGAUGAAUGAAUUUAUCAGAGAACUAGAAUAUUUUGAGUAUUGGCUUCACAUUGAUUAUUAUAAUACUGUUAUACUGAAAACAAGAAUUCUUAUCUGCAUUCAAAUAUUUACAGUUGAAAUGAUAUAAUGUCUGGGAUUUGCUUCAAAAUACAUCUAGAUAUUCAAUUCACUGGACAUAUUCAAACAAGAUUGGCCUUUAAGAUUGUUGAAGCUGAAUGAUGAUUACAUGAUGUUCAU